AUGGUUACUCGUAUUGUUGCGACCUGGUAUAAGUUUGGCCAAGAUGAUGGCCACCCAGAACCCAACUUUAGUUCAUGGACCAAGAACACCACCGGUCUGUUGUACUAUGGAUCAAACGAGCCCCCAUAUGCCAUCGUCAACAAACACGUUGAGGCUCGCGGUGACCAUGCGACUCUCGCGCGCAAGAUUGCUGCCGAGGCUAUUGCCAUGUUGAAGAAUGAGGACGUCCUCCCAUUGCAGAAGCCAAUGAAGGUCGGCGUUUAUGGAAGUGAUGCUGGUCCAGGUGACGGACCUAACGCUUGCCCCGACCGUGGAUGCAAUCAGGGCACCCUUGCCGUCGGGUGGGGAAGUGGUGCCACAGAUUUUGAGUACUUGAUCACUCCUCUUGAAGCUAUCGAAAAGCAGGUUGGCACCUAUGGGGGUCAAGUCUCUUCAGUCUUAAACAACACUAAGCUUGACGAGAUCAAGGCCGAUGCUAAGAAGCAGGAUAUCUGUCUCGCUUUUGUCAACGCUGAUGCCGGCGAAGGCUAUAUCUCAUGGCAAGAUGUUAACGGCGAUAGGCCGAAUCUCAAAACCCAGCUUGGGGGAGAUGAUUUGAUCUCAGCUGUUGCCGAGGCUUGCAAGGCCACUGUCGUUGUGGUUCACUCCGUCGGCCCUAUCAUCAUGGAGGACUGGGUUCGCUCUCACAAGGUUGACGGUAUCCUCUGGGCUCAUUUGCCUGGCCAAGAAAGCGGAAACUCACUCGUCGAUGUUCUAUGGGGUGCUGUUAACCCUAGUGGAAAGUUGCCGUACACCAUCGGAAAGAGCUUGGAAGACUACGGACCAACUGCAGGUGUCCUCUACGAGUCCAACGGAAACCCGCCACAACAGGACUUCACUGAAGGUUUGUUGAUUGACUACCGCUACUUCGAUAAGAAGGAUAUCACCCCUCGCUAUGAGUUUGGUUUCGGCAUGUCUUAUACCACCUUCGAGUUCAGCGAUCUCAACAUUGUCCGCACCGGAUCGAUGGAGCCUCUUCCUAAGCCUCGCCCUGCUCCCGAAGGUGGCAACCCAGCACUCUGGGAGAUAGUCUACACCAUCACCCACACUCUCAAAAACACUGGAAAGGUUGCCGGAGCGGAGGUAUCUCAGCUCUACGUCAACUACGGAUCCAAGGACACUGUUAAAUUCCCCGAACGAGUCCUCCGUGGCUUUGAGAAGGUCUUCCUCGAGCCUGGAGAGAGCAAGACAGUCACCUUCAAGCUCACUAGACGCGACCUGAGUUACUGGGACGUUACUAAGCAAAACUGGGUCAUCCCAUCCGGAGGUUUGGGCGUUUGCAUAGGUCAGAGCUCGAGGAAAUUCCACCUUCGAGGAAACCUCAGAUACGGCUAUUAAACCAACUACUUUACCCCUAGCGGGACGGAUUGCAGGCAAAAAGUAAAAGGGCGUGGUAAACUUCUUGUACAUAGGUAAUUUUUUCUUCUUGGUCGGUCGGGCGUAUUGUAUCAUAGUGUACCGUUUCGUACACAUUAGAUUCAUUCUGAGCAGGGGGACGUUAA